AGGAAAAACUCCAUCCUUUCAUCUCUGCGUCCACGAAUCCCACGUGGCAGUUAGCUUCACCAAGAGAGACAGAGAAAGCUCUGGGAACACAUACUCUUUUUCUCCCUGUGUGUGAUCCAAUGGCGGUCACUGCAUCAUCUUCUUCUGCUCUCUAUCCUCGAGGACUCGGACCCAAGCACUUCCUCUCCCCCAAAUCUCGCUCUGUCCAUCUGUUUCCCCCCAGAAAAUCACUCACUGUCGUUGCCAUGGCACCCAAAAAGAAGGUGAACAAGCUCGAUGGUAACUGGGAGAAAAAGUGGUUCGGGGCCGGAAUAUUCUACGAGGGAGCAGAGGAAGUGGAGGUUGACGUAUUCAAGGAGAUGGAGAAGCGAAAGGUGCUGAGCAAUGUGGAAAAGGCAGGCCUGCUCUCCAAGGCUGAGGAACUUGGACUCACUCUCUCCUCCAUAGAGAAGUUUGGGGUGUUCUCCAAGGCCGAGGACCUUGGCCUGCUUAGCUUGCUUGAGAAGGUCGUGGGCUCCUCGCCCUCGGCUCUUGCCUCUGUGGCACUGCCCGUAUUUGUGGCGGCAUUGGCAGUUGUCGUGUUAAUUCCAGAUGACUCGGCGGGGCUGGUGGCUGUGCAGGCCGUGUUGGCCGGGGCGCUUGGGGUUGGUGCUGUUGGCUUGUUUGUUGCGGCCCUUCUGUUGGGUGGCUUGCAAGAAGCUGACUGAUUUUCUUUGUUCCUUUUCUUUUCGCAAAUUUUACUUCUCCUUUGUGCCAUUUUAUUUUAUUUUAUUUUUUGUUGAAUUAUGGAAAUGUGGAUUUUUUAGAUAAAUGACUGCAGAUAAGAAUGUAAAUUAGAAGAGAGCAAUAAUUUGGCAUUAA